AGCGAGCGCACAAUUAGGCAGGACCCCCCUCGCUCCCUCUCUCUCUCUCUCUCUCCCUCCUGUCGUUCCUUCUCUGCCGGGCGAUAGCGGCGCCUUCCCACUAGGCGCCGAGCCGAGUCGAGGAGGCGCGCUUGGUCCCGAGGCCGCGGACGGAGCGGGGCUUCGCUCAGCUGCUCCUGACCCCACUUGCUCGCGCGCCCCCUCCAGGCAAGAGGUCCCACUUGGCGCCCCGGGAGCGACCCUCGCCUCGCCUCCCUCGGCCGGUCUCCAGGCGCCGCCGCGAUGCCCACCUUCUCCGGCCACUGGAAGAUGAAGAACUCGGAGAACUUCGAGGAGCUGCUGAAGGCGCUGGGCGUCAACGUCAUGCUGCGGAAAAUUGCAGUGGCCGCUGCCUCCAAGCCGGCUGUGGAGAUCAGACAGGACGGGGACUCUUUCUACAUCAAGACUUCCACGACGGUGCGGACCACUGAGAUCAACUUCAAGAUUGGAGAAGAGUUUGAAGAGCAGACGGUGGAUGGGCGGCCCUGCAAGAGCUUAGCCAGAUGGGAAAGUGAAAGCAAGAUGGUCUGCGAACAGCGGCUGCUGAAGGGGGAAGGCCCCACGACUGGCUGGUCGAGGGAGAUGACCAACGAUGGGGAGCUCAUUCUGACCAUGACGGCUGAUGCUGUUGUCUGCACAAGGAUUUAUGUCCGGGAGUGAGAUUCAUGUCCUGCUUGUCUCCGUGUGUGGGG